GCUCUCGGGUCAGGCGCAGGCGCGCCCAGCCCCGCGGCCCACCCCCUCCCCCCCCAUUGCGCCCUCACGCCUCCGCCCUGGGAGCCGCCAUCUUGCCACUUCCCUUCGCCCGGCCGUCCACGGGCGUCAAUAGCGACUUUCAGCACAAAACAAAGAUGGCGGUUGAGGCCUCUGGUGAAUGCCCGGAUGAGGAUGCCUCAAACGAGCUCGGCCCCGCCCCCCCUGGGAACAUUCCCCCGGGUCGUUUAAGGAACACACGCCCGAGGAGUUGCCUUUAACUGGCAGUGGGGACAGGGCAUAGGCUGCUGGGGACGGCCGACGGGAAACGUUAGAGCUGCAGCUCGGGCCGGAGAGUGCACGUUUCCGCUCCCCACACCCAGGGGCCGCGGGAGAAGCGGCCCAAGACACGCCGCGGGGGGAGUCGGAGGCGGGGCGAGUGGGCGGUGACGCAGCCGGCUCCCAGGCUCGCCGGCCCCGCCCCCGAGCGCCGGCGCCACCGCCCGCGCUCUAACGAAAGGAGACGCGCCGCGCGCCCGGGCCCGCUCCCCGUCCCCCGCCCCGCCGGCUGCAGGGCGGGCGGCCAGGCCGGCGGUACCCGAACCGAGCGGGCGGGCGCGGGAGAGCUCCGUGUCGCCCCGCGUCACCUCGCGUCACCCCGCGUCACCCCGCUCCGCCUGCUUCCCAGAGCCUGGCGCCCCGCCCCGCGCGCAGGCGCAGGGCCGCUUCUCGGGUCCGCCCUUUCCCGAGAUUUGAAUUUUCCCCAGCCAAGAUAGAGAGGCAAAUACCCGGAUGGUGAUCGCUGGCCUUUUCGCGCCAAUACUGUAAGUUCUCGCAGCAACCUUAAGAGAGGAAAAAGGCAGAACGCCCUUCCACUUCUGCUCCCCAGUCGGCGGAGCCACGGCUGGCCCAGCGAGGGGGGCCGGGGCGCGUUGCUUGGCGGAAGCCGAGUGUGUGAGUUCUGACCUGCCAGUCACACCUGCGGUUCCGCAUGCAGCCCGAGUCCACGCGGGCGCUGUGCCACGUGGCUGUGGCCAGCUGCUUCUGCCUGGCCGUCGUCUACGCGGGGGUUUUCGACGGCGUCUCCAUUCAAGUGGGCUACGAACACUACGCUGAAGCCCCGGUCGCCGGCCUCCCCGUCUUCCUGGCCAUGCCCUUCAACUCACUCGUUAACGUGGCCUACGUGCUCCUGGGGGUGUACUGGCUGCGGAGGAAGGCGGUUCCCCUGGGGCACCCCGUGCACGCAUGGAGGGCUCGCUACCUGAAGGACGUGUUUGCCGCCAUGGCCCUGGUGUAUGGCCCGGUGCAGUGGCUGCGGGUCGCCACGCAGACGCACCGCGCCGCUGUGCUGGACCAGUGGCUCACAUUGCCCAUCUUCGCGUGGCCCGCGGCCUGGUGCCUCUCCCUGGACAGGGGCUGGAGGCCCGGCCUGUUCCUGGCUAUCGAGGGCCUCUCCCUCGGCAGUUACGGCCUCGCCUGGCUGCACCCCUGCGGCUUUGAGGCCGCGCUGGCCGCACACAUCGCGGUGGCCGUGGGCCGGGCCCUGCACGCUCACGGGCGCCACGGCGGCGCCUCCUCGGGAAGGCACUUGGCGCUGGGCGUGCUGUCCUGCGCGGGCUUCGUGGUCCUCAAGCUGUGUGACCACCAGCUCGCUCGGUGGCGUCUCUUCCAGCGGCUCACGGGCCACUUCUGGUCCAAAGUGUGUGACGUGCUCCAGUUCCACUGCGCCUUCUUGUUUCUGACCGGUUUAAGCACCAGCCGGAGACUUCCUCCGGAUGGGAAGGCGCGUUGAAGCGCGGAGAGAAGCCGCUUCCAGCCACUGAUUGCCGCCAUGUCGCCGGUGUGAAAUUUCCUUCCCGGGUGUGACAGAUGCGAGGGCUCCGUGGAGGGCCGUCCCUUCCUCCGAAACCACGGGCUUCGGUAUUUAGGCGUGAGAUGUUAUGCUGUGUGCCACUUACUUUCAAAGAGAUAAAGCAAAUAGCUAAGUGCAGGGGGUUCAGGGACUCAUUGUCCUGCUCUUGUAACUCUUCUGUACUUUGAAAUUCUUUCCAAAUAAAACGAGCCCGAGAAA